AUGGAGCAGACGGCUCCCCGCUGCGUGCGCGACGCCUGGGAUUCCGCAGAGGACUCCCAGGAACCAGAGGCGCUGCAAAUCUUGAGCUCGGGGGACCCCGGAGGCUGGCGGCUCCCUCUGUAUCCUAGUCUGGGCCAGCUCUCCUGGGACGACGAGGACGUCAGUCGGGAACUCCUCUCGACCCCCUGCGGGCUUCUGCGCCCAUUCUGCCCGAGGCACGGACCCCGAGCUCAGAGCGCCUGCAGGCCGAGCGCCGAGCCGCUCGCCCCGCACACGCACACGACGCCCGGGACCCGCCGCCAGCCACAGGCGCCCCGGGGAGAAGCGGCCGCCGCCCGCCCCCAGCGCUUCCCUGGGCGAGUCUUCUGGCGCCCAGGGCCCAACAGCUGGAAGCCGAGACCUCUGACCGCGGGGACCCGACCAGAGCAUCGCCCUCCUCCUGGCCUGGGAAGGCACCACCCGACGUCCCCACGCUGGUGGCGGCGGAUCUCCCUGAAGUGGCUGGCAAACCCCCAGGGCUGCCUCGCCCGCUGCCUUUAG